UUGCGCAUGCGCAGGUUCAUAAUGGCUGAUGGCGAGAAGAUGCCCACUGCUAUCGUCCCCGUGUAGCGCAGAAAAGCCACAAACCGGUCCAGUUUGCCGCAGAUCCCACAGACCCCGUCGUCUCUCGGCUCAGCUCCAUGUCGCAGCCCGACACCAGAAGCCCGAUGUCUGUGGCCAAUGCCAAACACACCGUUCUCAAUCCGGUGAUCCCAUACACUGGGCCCAUACCGGGAGGCCUGCACCCCGGGGAGAUCAUCAUCAUCCAGGGCACCGUUUCCCCGGAUGCUGACAGCUUUCAGAUCGACCUGUCGAGCGGCUGCAGCACCAAGCCGCGCUCCGACGUGGCCCUCCACUUCAGCCCUCGCUUCAAAGGCUCUCCCUGCGUGGUGUGCAACUCCCUGCUGCGGGAGAACUGGGGCAAAGAAGAGACGCUCCCGCAGCUGCCCUACAAACGCGGGGCCCCCUUCGAGACCAUCAUCCUGGUGCACGAAGGCAUCUUCAAGGUGGCGGUGAACGGGGCUCACCUGCUGGAAUACAAGCACAGAAUCCCUCUGAACAGGGUCGACACGUUUUCCAUCUGUGGGAAUGUCAGGGUGCACGCCAUCGGCUACAUCCCAAAUUCAGCAAUAUACUCGGAAUCAGGUGACUUGAGCCUCCCUUACAAAGGCAGCAUACUCAAAGGACUGAGUCCAGGGCGGCACAUCACCAUAAAGGGUCAGGUCAGCAUGUAUCCUCACAGUUUUACAGUGAACCUCCGCAACAGCCGGACGGACAACAUCGCCCUGCAGCUGAACCCCCGCAUGAAGUCCGGCGUGUUCAUCAGGAACUCGUACCUGAGUGAAUGCUGGGGUCAGGAGGAGCGGGAGCUGCCUUUCUUUCCCUUCGCACCAGGGGAGUACUUUGAGAUUCUCCUCCUCUGUCAGCCCCACCAGUUCAAGCUGGCAGUGAACGGCUCGCACUUGUUCGAGUUCAGACAUCGGGUGCAGGACCUGAGCAGCAUCGACCAGCUGGAGAUCAUGGGAGAUCUGGAGCUCACCGAUGUGAAACUGUGGUGACUCUGGUCUCACAGGGAAAAAAACGGCGGUAUUGACACUAUUGUGUUCUGGUUAUCAGUGCUAAAUUAGCUUAGCCACAACGAGCCAGACGGUGGAUGCUGAACACGGGAGCCCCUGUUGCUGACUUCAGGUUUGAAUGUAAGGUCUGGUUAGUAUUGCGGCCGGCGUCGGUCACUGAUUUUUAAACUAGUCUAGCAUUUUCACCGUCCAGACUUCAUGGACAGCUCGGACCAUGGAAUAAUUGGUAUUUCUUUCCAGCUCUGACCAGAGGAGUGAUGCAUGCUAGUAAGCUGUGCUGGAGCAUCAGGCUAUGAGCCACCAUGACUGUUUACAGCCAAAAGAUGAUUUCUCAUACUGUCUCUAGUGCAUCUCUGCCGUGGUACAGCUGUAAUAAAUAAAACAGGACAUAUAUAUAUAUAUACAUACAUAAAUAUUAAUAAGCACUUAACUUCUGGCUUUGCUUAUAUGUAAAUUAUAAGACAGUCAGCAAAUUCAGACAAUGAAUGGAACCGAAACGCGCUCCAUUAUUUUGGAGCCAGUAAAGAAUAACUUUUACUGAUUUUAAAUGAUCAAAACUCUUUUUUUUUUUCUACAUAAUUUGUGGCCGUUCUACUUUUUUUUUAAUUAAAAAAAAAAAGUAGCAUAUGGUCACAAAUUAAAUAUUUUUUAUCUAUUUGUUUAACAUGUCAUGUUGCAAUAGAACUCAAGCACAGUUCAGUACAGGGUCGACUUAAAAUAUUUGAAUACCCUUCAAAAAUGAAUUAAAAAAAUAAAUAAAUCAUCCAACAUGCAAUCUUUGCUAUAAAAUAUAGUUGAGUCUUGCAUCUACGACCAUGUCUCACCCAAAGAUUAGUCCAGCUUCAAAAUGGAAAUAUUCCAUUAUUUCUGUUGUAAUUGUUGUAAAAAUGUAUGGGAGGAGUUCUGUAUGUAUCAUACCUUAUUUAAUAAAUAAAUGUGUUAUUAUCA